AUGUCUGACCUCAUCGUAUCCCAACUCACCCUCUUUCCCUCCCUUUCUCUGCUCUCUCUCCCCCUGCCUUCCCCUUCUCAACUUUUGUCUCCCUCUUCCACCUUUUCCUUCUGUAUUUCCCCCUCGUCCCCGCUCUCCCUCCUGCUCUUCCCCCUCCCUCCCCUCUCUGUCCCUUCUUCCCACCCCGCUCCUCCCUGCUUCCCGCCGCUCCUCCCCCCCCUUCUCUACGUGCAGCGGCGGCGCAAGGCGGGCAUAAAUCGGCGGGUGCCGAAGCAGCAGCAGGAGCCGGUGCAGGCACGGGCGCAUUGGGACGCUCUAUUGGACGAGAUGGCAUGGCUGUCCAAGCUGGACUUUGACAAGGAGCGGCGGUGGAAGGCGGGGCAGGCGAGGAAGACUUGUGACUUUGACAAGGAACGGCGGUGGAAGGCGGGGCAGGCGAGGAAGACGGGUGCACGGGUGUGCCGCGCCAGAAAUGACCUGGAGCUGCGAGGAGAGAAGAAGCUCAAGGAGGAGGAGCAGCGAGUGCGGCGGGUGGCGAGUGGUAUAGCCAAGGAGGUGAAGCGGUUCUGGAUGAAGAUCGAGAAGCUGGUGGUGUACAAGCACGAGCUGCAGGUGGAGGAGAAGAAGAAGAAGGCCCUGGAUAAACACCUGGACUUUCUCCUGGGACAGACUGAGAGGUACUCCUCUCUUCUAGCCGAGAACCUUGCUGCAGACAACGAGGAAGGGGAGGAUAGAGAGGAGGGGGAGGUGGGGGAGGAGGGGGAAGAAGGGGAGGAGGGGGAGGAGGGGGAGGAGGGGGAAGAAGAGGAGGAGGUUGAGGAGGGGGAGGAGGGGGGGGAAGAUGGUGGUGAGGAUGUGGAGAUGGAAGGAGUAGAGGUUGAAGAGGGAGGGGAGAGUGAUGUGGAGGGGAAUGCAGGGGAGGGGCACGAGGGAGGGGAAGAGGAGGAAGAAGAAGUGGAGGAGGUGGAGGAAGAGGAGGAAGAAGAAGUGGAGGAGGUGGAGGAAGAGGAGGAAGAAGUGGAGGGAGAGGAGGGAGAGGAGGAGGAGGUGGAGGAGUGGGAAGAGGUAGAGGAGGGUGAAGUGGGAGAGGAGGAAGAGGAAGUUGGGGCAGUGUGUGGGGAUGCGGAGUGGGAUGAGGAGGUGGAAGAGGAGGCAGGGGAGGAUGAGGAUUUCCGAGGGGGGAGCGAUGAGGAGAUGGAGGAGCAGCGACGGCAGGUGAGAGGAGGAGAGGACUUGUGUGGGCUGGUUAGAUUUGAGCUGUACAUGUGUGGUGCAUCGUUCUAA